ACCCUGUCCUUCGCAGCGCUGCAGAAGGACCUGGACAGCAAGCUCUUCGGGCAGCACCUCGCCAAGAAGGUCGUCCUGAGCGCCGUGUCCGGCUUCCUGAGCAACCCGAAGCCCAAGAAGCCCCUGACCCUGUCCCUGCACGGGUGGACGGGCACCGGCAAGAACUUCGUCAGCAAGAUCAUCGCGGAGAACAUCUACGAGGGCGGGCUGAACAGUGACUACGUGCACCUGUUCGUGGCCACGCUGCACUUCCCGCACGCCUCCAACAUCACCCUAUACAAGGAUCAGCUGCAGCUGUGGAUCCGAGGCAACGUGAGCGCCUGCGCGAGGUCCAUCUUCAUCUUCGACGAGAUGGACAAGAUGCACGCCGGCCUCAUCGAUGCCAUCAAGCCCUUCCUGGACUACUAUGACGUGGUGGACGAGGUCUCUUAUCGCAAGGCCAUCUUCAUCUUCCUCAGCAAUGCGGGGGCCGAGCGCAUCACCGAUGUGGCGCUGGAUUUCUGGAGGAGCGGGCGGCACAGGGAGGAUAUCAAGCUCAAGGACAUGGAGCAGGCCCUGUCCGUGUCCGUCUUCAACAACAAGAACAGCGGCUUCUGGCACAGCAGCCUCAUCGACCGGAAUCUCAUCGAUUACUUCGUGCCCUUCCUGCCCCUGGAGUACAGGCACCUCAAGAUGUGCGUCCGCGUGGAGAUGCAGGCCCGCGGCUACGAGAUCGACGAGGAUGUCGUGACCAGGGUGGCCGACGAGAUGACAUUCUUCCCCAAGGACGAGAGGGUGUUCUCCGACAAGGGCUGCAAAACAGUGUGCACCAAGUUGGACUAUUACCUCGAUGACUGACUGCUUCGGAGAAGCUGCGGCCGCCCAGCAGGUCCAGUGGGCCCCUCCUGCUGGACGUGACAGGAGUCCUGGGCGCUGCCUUCGUUCCCUGGAAGCCGCGGGCAGCAACUGCAGGGAGCAGGACCAUGGCCGGAAGCUUCCAGAACCUUCCACGAGGAAGUGACCAGCUCCCAGCCCACCCCUUCCAGGGUCCACACAUUUUUUAAAUUAUGUGUUAAGCUGGAUGCGGUGGCACAGGCCUGCCAUCCCUGCACUCGGGAGGCUGAGGCAGGAGGAUUGCUAUGAGUUCAAGACCAGCCUGGGCUACACA